CCAGGCGGUGCCUGGUUCUAUUGAUUCUACAGGUUUGGGCUCUUCUGAAGAACAAGAUGUGACAUUGACGAUUGGAGUACAAUAGCAUUGUGAGUGCCAUAUGGCUUCAUACAGUCUCAAGCGCGCCUCCCUUUUGCAAACCCCCGAGCUGAUUGCAUACGAUCCUUUGCUUUCAUUCAAAUAUAUCUUGUUACUAUUAUUGGCAGGUUGUUCUUUCAAUCACGAUCAUACAGAGCUUGGGAGUAGUUGAUAAGCAUUGGUGAUAGAAUUUCGAUAAGCGUCUCUCGCGUUCUUUUCGUUCCUAUGUAUUUUAUUGCCAAGACUCUGAUGCUGUUCCGACUACCGACUAUGGGUCUUCAUAAUUCUACAUGUUAUGAUGGGAUGAGAGAAGACGUAUUUGCGAAGAUCUCGUGUUGACGUUGAUGCUGAUGUCGGCUCCGACGUGAGUAAAAUAUGCGGUAGAGAGUGGACGGAGAUCGCAAAGGGUAGGUAGACGAGCGGAUAAGUUUUCCGGGACUCCCAUCUGUCAUUAUUCUCAUGUCGGCGCCUAAAUUUUGUUUCGUUUGUUACGAACAGAUCGAGGUAUUGUAUCGGUAUUCGGACAGAUACCCCACCAGUUCCGGCCCCACUGAGGUUCGCCUUGUACUAUUCGCCCACAGGCACUACCUGGUGAUGAUGCAUAAUGCAUGCAUACAAUGAUGUUGCAGAUAGUCAGAUCCGGGUUUGCUGCCCCCUUUACCGGAGAAAUAAAAUGGCGCAAACACGCAGGCCAACCAAUGCAAGCAGACAAGCAAUGCAGUUUUGCGUGAUUCUCGUUAGUACUUCUCCACGAUUGCCCACAUCUCCGCAGGAAAUCUGUCCGAGAAAUUCAACAAUUCGAUCAUCUUGUAGAUUGCGUUUACAACUACCAGGGUCGAGCUCAACAAGAAAUUGAAUUACGUGGAGUGCCAAGGAAGUUAAAGCUUGAGCCUAAGCCGAGCCUCACCAUCACGGUCCACACGUGAUUUGCUUUCCCUCAACCCACCCGCGACAACUGUAUAUCUGUUUUAUCCGACCAUUCCAGACUGGAAUACACGCGAUAUAAGUACUCGAGCUCUACAUGAAUGUUGAGCGCUUCGUUGAGGACGACAUUUUGUAUUGGUGUUCAAUUAUCUCGUUCCAAUUGAGCCACGUGGGCGAGUCUAAAUUCAAAUAGCGACGAACCAUGGUACACGAAAUCAGCAUGUUUUUAUAAGCAGCAUCUCAUUACAAGUACAUACGUCAUGAUGCGGGCGGUUGCUCAGAGCUUUUUCGGUCGUGGCUGGAGAACCAGAUCUCUGAAACAGAUUUCGACUCCAGCAAUAUGCCGAAAUUGGGCGGUGGCUGCAUUUGAGGCGCAUGCGAGAUAAAAACAGUUGGAAAAAUCCCGUGCCUUGUUUACAGUUCACCAUAGUGAUGGAGCAAAAAGAGAAGGCGAAUGGCAGAAAUUGGGACACAUGCAAUUCAAGCACGACAUCACUGGAAUCGGAUGCCACAUUUAUCCAGAUUCAGUCCGUGAAAGAUGAUUUGUCUCGUUCGCGAUCCAGAUUUCCACGGUCGGAAAGAGAUCGUUCCGAACAGAACUACUACUCCACACAAAGCCCCUUCACCGAUCAAUGA